GCGGUGUGAGGGGAAAGGCGCCGUGAGGAGAACGGCUCCGUGAGGGGAACGGCUCCGUGAGGGGAAAGGCUCCGUGAGGAGAACGGCUCCGUGAGGGGAAAGGCUCCGUGAGGAGAACGGCUCCGUGAGGGGAACGGCUCCGUGAGGGGAACGGCACUGUGAGAGCAGCCGGCUCCGUGAGGGGAAAGGCUCCGUGAGAGGAACGGCUCCGUGAGGGGAAAGGCGCUGUGAAGGGAAAAGCGCCGUGAGAGGAAAAGCACCGGGAAGGGAAAGGCACCGUGAGAGAAGCCGGUUCCGUGAGGGGAAAGGCUCCGUGAGAGGAACGGCUCCGUGAGGGGAAAGGCGCCGUGAGGGGAACGGCUCCGUGAGGGGAAAGGCACUGUGAGGGGAAAGGCACUGUGAGGAGAACGGCUCCGUGAGGAGAAAACCGCCGUGAGGGGAAAGGCACUGGUGAAGGGACGGUGCCCCGAGGGAACGGCUCCCUGCGUGGGAAUGGCGCUUCCAAGGAUUCCCUGGAAUUUCCCCGCUCUCUGCUGGCUCCUGGCCGUGCCCAUUCCCGGUUCCCUGGGCUUGGAAUGCCAGGAGCACCAAUACAGCUUCCGUGACAAAUGCUGCAGCGACUGCGCCCCCGGGGAGAGGAUGCGGAGCCGCUGCACGGCCUCGGCCGACACCGUGUGCUCGCCGUGCCAGGAUGGAUAUUUCAGCUCCAGGCACCACCACGGCUUCUGCCACAGCUGCACCAUCUGCAACACCCGGAAGGGCAGCGUGGAGGUGAAGCCGUGCGAGAAAACCUCGGACAGGGUCUGCGCCUGCCAGGCGGGAUUCCAGCCAGCCUGGGGGGCUCCUGGGGCAAGGGUGUGCUCCCGAUGUCCUGAAGGGACUUUCUCCAGAGGAGGGAACAAGAACUGCCAGCCUUGGACCAACUGCAGCACUUUUGGGAAGAGCACGCUGCGGGCUGGCACGGCCGCAGAGGAUGCGCAGUGCAGCAGCAGCCCUGGCACUGCCAGCAGCCCCGGCCCGCUUCCCCCUCCCACGGCAUUCCCGGGAAACAGGGACCCCUUUCCCACGGCAUUCCCAGCAAACAGGGACCCCUUUCCCACGGAAUUCCCAGAAAACAGCUCCAGAGCGUCCAGCCCCAGGGACAUCCCCGCGGUUUGUCGGGAUCCCGGCGUUCCCACGGAGCCUGCAUGGGGCUCUUUGUCCCUGCUCCUCCUGUGCCUGAUCCUGCUGAUGGUGAGUGGAAUUUCCAUCCUGCUCCUGAUCGUCCAAGCAGCCCAGAAAAAAUCCAGGAAUGGGCCUGGGAGGAGCAGCCAGCACAAGGCGAGCAGCUGCCGGAUCCCCAUCCAGGAGGAGCAGAUCGAUUCCAAUUCCAGCCUCAUCAAGAACUGAGCCCCCGGGAGCUGCAGGAGCACCGGACUAAUUAAUUAGGGCUGCCGUGGCUUCAUUAGCAGUUAAUUGGCGGCUCUUCGAGAACUCGAGAGCUCCCUUCGGAAUUUGGGAGAAUUCCUGAGGGAAUUUUCUGUGGAUUUUUUUUUUUUUUUCCCUUUUGGGCAAAUCCUUGAGCUCUAAACCCAGGAUUAAAUGGCAAAGCUGAGCUCUAAAACCAGGAUUAAUUGGCCAAGCUGAGCUCUAAAACCAGGAUCAAAUGGCCAAACUGAGCUCUAAAACCAGGAUUAAUUGGCCAAACUGAGCUCUAAAACCAGGAUCAAAUAGCAAAGCUGAGCUCUAAAACCAGGAUUAACUGGCCAAAUUGAGCUCUAAAACCAGGAUCAAAUGGCCAAACUGAGCUCUAAAACCAGGAUUAAUUGGCCAAACUGAGCUCUAAAACCAGGAUCAAAUGGCCAAACUGAGCUCUAAAACCAGGAUUAAUUGGCCAAACUGAGCUCUAAAACCAGGAUUAAUUGGCCAAACUGAGCUCUAAAACCAGGAUUAAGUGGCCAAGCUGAGCUCUAAACCCAGGAUUAAGUCAAACUCAAUCCACACUUCAUGAAAUGAAUUUUCCUUCUCUAAUUCCUUUCCCACAAAUUUGGAAAGGAAAUUUUUUGGGAGCAAAUCCCCAACUCUGGAAUGUGGGGGAGGAGCCCCAAGUCUCCUUUUGCUGAAUUUGAAAUAUUUCCGUGGAAAUUGCAGAAAAAAUGGAAUUUUUUAUCGUUCUGGAGUGAUUUUCCCUCCAACUAUCAACAGAAAACUCCUCAAAAAUGGGAAUUUUAAACCCAUAAAUAUCCCAAAGAAUCCGGCAGGGAAUGGAUGCGGGGAUCCAAGAGGCCUUGGAGGGCCUGGAGUGGAGGAUUUGGGAAUUUUAUAUGUUAUACAUAUCCAGGGCUUUAUACCGUGUAUAGGAACGUUUGUAUCGUGUACAAGGGGCUGGCAAUAAACGCCGAGAAACGGA